AUGGAUUUCGCUUCUGAAAAUGAAGAGACGUCGGGAGGAGGUCAGAGCGGAGCUGAGGGGGCGCGGCUAGGUCUGGAGUCCGAUGGAGAGAGAGCCCGGGGCACCGGAGGGACUGAGGAGGCUGGAGGUGGGGAGGCGGGGAGUGGACUGGACGGAACGGGGAAGAUAGGGGAAGGCGAAGGAGGUGGACGAAGGGCGGGGAUGCGGGUGGACCUACCGGUCGUGAAGCAGGAAGUAGUGGACUGGUCAGAAACGGAACAAGGUGUGUUGAAUGACCCGUGGGCGAAGCAGGAGGUGGAGGACGGGCCCAAGGUGAAAGAGGAAAAACCAGGCACCCUGGAGGUGAAGCAGGAGACGGAUAGCAAUCUGAUGGUAAAAGAAGAGGAGGAGGAAGAGCCAGAGGUUAAGGAAGAGAAGGUGAAGGAAGAAGUGACGGACUGUCUAGAAGUGAAGGAAGAGAAGAAAGACAGACUGGAGAUUAAACGGGAGGAGGUGUUUCUAGGUCAGAACAUAAAAACGGAGGAAAGAGUGGAUGGAAUGUGUGUAAAAGAAGAGAAGAAUUUCCCGAAAGAAGAGGUGAUGGCUGAUGCACAGGUGAAAGAAGAGCCUCAGAUGCAUCCCCCAGUGGGCUCCAAGCGGAAACUGGCCAUGUCCAGAUGUGAAACUUGUGGUACAGAAGAAGCAAAGUACAGAUGUCCGCGUUGUAUGCGACAUUCCUGCAGUUUGCCCUGUGUGAAGAAACACAAAGCAGACCUGACAUGUAAUGGAGUUCGAGAUAAAACUGCAUAUGUUUCAAUACAACAGUUUACUGAAAUGAAUCUCCUGAGUGAUUACCGAUUUUUAGAAGAUGUGGCAAGAACAGCAGACCAUGUUUCUAGAGAUGCUUUCUUGAAGAGACCCAUAAGCAAUAAACAUAUGUACUUUAUGAAAAAUCGUGCUCGAAAGCAAGGUAUUGACUUAAAACUUCUACCCAUUGGAUUCACGAAAAGGAAAGAAAAUUCAACAUUUUUUGAUAAGAAAAAACGACAGUUUUGCUGGCACGUGAAGCUGCAGUUUCCUCAGAGUCAAGCCGUGUACGUAGAGAAGAGAGUACCAGAUGAUAGAACCAUUAGUGAAAUUCUAAGACCUUACAUUGAUCCUGAAAAGUCUGAUCCUGUAAUUCGUCAAAGGUUGAAAGCCUACAUUCGCUCUCAGACCGGGGUCCAAAUAUUGAUGAAGGUUGAACAGAUGCAGCAAAAUUCAGUGAGAUACUAUGAACUGGAUCCUGACAAAAGUCUGCUUGACAAUCUGAGGGGCAAAGUGGUCAUUGAAUACCCGACGUUGCACGUGGUGUUGAAGGGGCACAGUGCCGACCUGAGGGCCUCACCAGGAACACCCCAGGAGAAGGAUGGGCAGACUGCUUCAGAUAACACCCCGUCCCACCCGAAUGCUCACUGAAGGCUGGAAACAAGUCCUUUGAAAAAAUGUCUAAAAAUGGCACUGAACUCAGGAAGGAGAUAAUAAGUCUCUGUUGUUUGGUUUCGACUUGGAUCUGCAGGCUUGUUUUGCUUUCUAUUGAGUCUGGAGGCUGUAUCCCUUUGGGGGUUAUCUGUAACCCCUUCUGUUUCUAGGGCUUCUCGCUUGCCUUUUAAAGGACGUUUAUCAAGUGAUGGCAGGGUGGAGGGUUUAGGGAUGGCAAGGUGAGUGAGAGGUGGUCCCUGACUUUGAGGACAGCUGGGUGCAGAAUGGUAAGGACGCGGGUGAAUAAUGUGUGUGCCCAGAUGCCGUCUAACGAACACGGGGUGCUGUGUGAACACGGCUCCGGACUGGAGGUGAAGUCUUCCCAUCACCCUGGCUGCGAUUACUCUAGGACGUUCCAAGGCUUGUUCUGCAAAGCUUCAAAGAACAGGCUGUGUUCUUCUCUGCUCGGCCUUAAAGGCCUACGGGUAGGACAUGGUGCGGGUGCUGUGAGCCUUGAGGGUCCUCUGGCAGACCCCGCUUCACCACGCGCCGCAUGGUUCGUUUGAAUGCCUUUCCGCGUGCUUGGUAAGCAUCCCGGGCUCCCUGAGGUUUGUCCGUGGGCCCCUGGGCCGCGCAUGCUAACAACCAGUCGAUGUGCGAACUGUAUUCCGGGUCUCACCUGGAAGGCUGCACGAUGGAUUCCUGGACUUCUGUUAGGCGGCUGUAAAGACGAGCCCUGUCCCCAGAACCCUUUUCCCGGCGGAGGCCCACGCCGGAAGUGGGCGGGAGCGGCGGCCGGAAGUGGGCGGGAGCAGAGGCCGGAAGUGGGCGGGAGCGGCCGCCCUGUUGGGCGCGAGGGCCGCGCUGCCGGGUUCCGGGUUCCGGGUUCCGGGUGGUUGGGGAGCGUUUACAGGAUUGUUUAAUUGGGCUCCGCCGCUGUUUGUGGUGGGUCAGCUGAGGUUAUGUUUCUUUUGUUUACUUUAGGUUCGGUUUUCUCUUACUUGUCAAGGUUCUGACCCUGGAAGUGAAGGUCCCUGAUCGAAGAUCUUUUUCCUUCUAUUAUGUGCAUUUGGUGCUAUAGCUUUUCCUGCAGAUGUUCCAACUGUAUCCCACACGUUUUGACAUUUAGUGCUUUUAUUUUCAGUUAUUUCAAAGAGCUUUCUAGUUCUCCGGGGCG